GUCCUGUUUGCAAAUGGCCUCCAAUCUCUCUAUAUUGGCCCAGUUGGGCGAAGUAUGCUAUAUCCCUCUUCUGCAUGCAGACAAACUCCAAGGAGUAGAUCCAUGAUCCACGAGGAACAUCAUCUCGAAUGCCAACAGCCAGAGGUCGAACUGCGCCGGAUAUUGACCGCAAAGUAUACAGUUGUAAUUUGGCUCGCAUGCCUCGCGAUCUCGAGGUUGACUUCCUCUUCUGCCUCUGCCCACGACGGGGAUCUGAGCGCCAGCUCGACAAAUUUAUGGGGUGCCAAUAAUGGUAUCAGAGACGAGCCUCGACAGCAGGGGUGCUCGUCUUUCUGAUUGGUCGCGAUUAAUCCUUAUCUAUCAGGCACCUACUAGGUGUCAGGUACCAGGUAAUUAUUAGGUACCGUGUGCAAGUGUCCAGGCGUACACUGCACACCAUUCGACAAGACAUUAUUGUCGAUAUUAAUAACCCGGAGGUACUAGCAUCCUUCGGCUAUACAGUACCUAGCAACUCCAUGAUCUGCGAUCUGCGAUCUGACCACAUGAGUCUGUCGAGACUGGCAUAUCCAGAAGACAAACAUCAUAGUGUAUCUCGGACACCACCUCGACUUGAAGGGAGGCGCUUUUUCGUACCUAAUUACACCACCGCAAUUUACGAUCACAAAUCAUCAAGCCGUGAAUUCCCUUUGCCUACUAGCAGAUACCACAGAUACCUUUCGUAUCACAGUGGCCAAGAGCCCAUCAAGCGAAGGGGCCGAUACAAGGCGCCGCCAUAUGCUCGACUCCGGGGUCAGCGACUCCACCGGGACUGAUAACAGCCUUGGCUUAAACAUCUGAGAGCCUUGAUCUGUCCUGUCGGCCAAUAAACAGUCGACUCGCCUGCCUUCCGCUCCUCUGCAAAGUCCAGACAAUUGCAAUUGUCAAACGAAAAAUAACACUACACUUCUGCUUUAUCUAUCUUACUCGCGUGGGUCCCGAUGUGAUUUUCUAGCUCCCAUGGCACUCGAGACUUGGCAGCCGUCCGGUGCACGCACGCCCCCGUGGUUUGGACGAGCCCACGGACGGAUGGAGUAUGGGGAUGGUGGAUGGUAACAGUACUAGUAGUAAGUCGUGGUAGGCGCCGAUAGCCAGACGAAUAUAUCUAUCUUCUUGACUGCUGGCCCCGAAUUUUCUUUGAACUACCACCUUCCUUUCCCACAAGUCGGAUUUCUCGAGCGCUGGCAGCAAGUGAACCACGUCGCGUGGCUGUUGACUGCUGACCUUGGUCCAACCUGUGCCUUCAUUCCUGCGAUCAAUCUCCAAGUCACAAACAACAUGGAUCCCCCCGAGUUCGACCCUUCGUCCCCCAACGGCGGCAAUACCCACGAAGUCGAUGUCAACGCCCAAUUCGCCGGCUUCGAAUACCAUGCCGUCUACAUCGCCAUCUGCGGUUAUUUGGUGUGGAUGAUCAUUCCCGGUCUUGGUUUGCUAUAUGGAGGACUGGCUCGUAGGAAGUCGGCGCUGGCCAUGCUUUAUCAGUCCUUUGGAGUGAUUGGAGUCAUCUGCUUUCAGUGGAUGUUUUGGGGAUAUUCCUUGGCCUAUUCGCGCACAGCCGGGCCAUUCAUUGGCGACAUGGCCAACUUCGGCAUGCAAAAUGUCACGGCGGCGCCUUCACCCGGCAGUCCAUAUCUGCCCGAAAUCGUAUUCUGUCUCUAUCAGCUGUUGUUCUGCAUUUGCACCGUGAUGAUCGUGGUCGGUGGCGCUUUUGAGCGUGGUCGGAUUAUUCCAUCUUUGUUCUUCGGCUUCUGGUGGGCAACCAUUGUAUACUGUCCCAUUGCGUGUUGGACUUGGAAUAGUAAUGGCUGGCUCUACAACCUCCCAUCAUUGGAUUAUGCAGGAGGUGGGCCUGUUCAUGUGGCCAGUGGCUGCUCCGCCCUUGCAUACGCGCUCGUCCUGGGCAAGAGAAAAUUGCACGGCCAUAAAUCCGCAAUGCGACCGCAUAACCUCUCCAUGGUCUUCAUUGGCACAAGUAUGAUCUGGUUCGGAUGGUAUGGGUUCAACGGCGGCUCGACUCUCAACGCUACCAUCCGAGCCUUCUUUGCUGCAUGGAACACAAAUGUCUCUGCUGGAAUGGGAGUCAUUGGCUGGUCGCUUGUGGAUAUGAUUCGAAACAAGGGCAAACUUUCCCUGGUUGGUGCUUGUGAAGGUGCAAUUGCUGGCCUCGUCGGUAUUACCCCGGCAGCCGGUUACGUUUCGGUCUGGCUUGCGGCUGCAAUCGGCCUCAUCACAGCCAUGGUAUGUGCUUCACUUCAAAAUGUCAACGACUGGCUUCGUAUCGACGAAGGCAUGGAUGUUUUCAAGCUCCACGGUAUUGGUGGAAUGGUCGGCGCUUUCCUUACUGGCAUUUUCGCCUCAUCGUCUGUCUCACUGCUUGAUGGAGCCACUGAAGCCCCGGGCGCCGUCGACGGCGUCGGUGUUCAAGUUGCAAGGCAAUUGGCCGACAUUGCCGCCAUCUCCAGCUACUCCUUCACCGUGUCACUCUGUCUUCUGUACAUCAUGAAAUUCAUCGGGAAGUUCAUCCCGUUCAUGGCCCUUCGUGUUAGCGAGGAAGCAGAGAUUCGCGGUAUGGAUGAAGACCAAUUUUUCGAGGAGGAAGUUGGCGACUGGUCCCUGUUUGAACACAGUGGCAUGACCCAUGAGACAAAGCUGAUGUCAACUCCAUCCACACCACCAAAUGAGAUGGACAAGAAAACGGCCUCGGUGGAGCCAACAACAGCAGCGGCGUGAGCAUAGAGACUAGGUAUGUGGUCAUUUACAGAACUAUGGGCCAAGUUGCGGAUAGCAGGGAGUCGGGAGCAGAGAGACCGGAUGAGGAGCAGCCUUGCUCAAGUUAGUGCCGCGGGAUAUCAACUGCGAGCACGGUGUGCACUCCGUGUGGCUCGGGGCAUGAACUGUUGUUUAGUCUUGUCAUGCGUAUGUAUAGAAGUUUACCUCGUUGGUUACAGUCUGGACCUCCGCUUCCUUUCUUUGGGCUUGACCUGCGUCUCUUCCACCGACGUCGGCUCGCUAAUAUCGAACAUAUCUUUA